UGGUACCAAAGCAUAUUAAACAAGAGGCAAAGUUUGAAAAGACGCCGGAUCUCGUUGAACAAAACCAAGCGAUUAACUGGUCAAGAAUGCAUGGCUUCCUCCUAAGUAGUCACAUUAACUCGUUAUAGCUGCACCAUGUGAUGGUAUUGAAUGCAGUCGACAAUUCGGGUAACAAUCGAUACCGAAGUGCCGCGCUGUCGUCUUGUUGUCAACAGAUGGCUUUCUUGUCUUGACAGUCAGGCGCUAAAUUUGCACAAAGUUUGCAUUUUCAAGCCGAGAUUAAGUAUGGCUGUUGGAUUUAGAUGAUUUUUGAAACAGCACGUUUUCGUCAUGGAAUUGGAAUCAUUUUCUGGUAUUUUUAGAGACAGUUUAAAUCUUAAGGGAAAUCUCACAUCAUGCGAACAGGAACUACGAGAGCUUAUGCGUCAGAUUGACUUGAUGGUGACUGCAAAGAAGGCAGAAUGGGAGAACCAUCUACAUGCGGUUCAGAUACAGCUAGACAAACGCAACAAGGAAGUGGGAUUCAUGCGCACCCAGCUUGACGAGAAAAACCUAGAGGUGGAUGAAUACCAGCGGAAGGUGGAGGACAUGGAACUCUCUCAGAGAGAUGUCAUCGCACAAUAUGAAGAACAAGUGAUACGUCUAAAGGGAGAGGUGGAUAACCUAAAGGUGGAGCAUGAAAAGUUGCAGAAGAAGACUGGGAAGCAGGCCAUGCAAGUGGAGAAAGAGCGUGACCAGCUACUAGCGGACCUAAAGGCCAAAGAAACGGAGCUACAGCGGUCAAGAGAGAGGGUGGAGGAGUACAAGGAGAAAAUGAUGGACUGGGAUGGAGCGCGGCGGGCCUGGGAAGAAAGGGUCCGUGGACUAGAAAAUCAGAAGAAGUCACUCAUCGAGAAGCACGACCUGACGCAGCAACAGUUGCUAGGUUACCAGACCCAGUUAAGCAAGCGACGGCAGAUGCUGGAAGCGUCGGAACGGGAUCGGAUCCGGGAAAUCGAGGAUCUGGAUGCACAGCUGAAGCGGGUCAGGGACGAGUCUGAGAGCAAGGAAGGGAUGAUCGAUGAAUUGAGAAAGUCGCUGGACAAGGCGCUGUCUGAGGGUAGGGAACAGGCUAACGAGACAGCGCAGCUACAGGAAGACUUGAGGAUGGCCGUGUCUGCUAUACAGCAACUCGAGGCAGAGCGCGAUCAGUUGCAGGUGGAGUUACAAGCUCGUGAUGACCUCAUACUGGCUGCGGAACAGGACCAGCAGAAGCACGCCGAUGACGUCAUGAAACUUGAGCAAAGCCUGACGAUGAAGGACGAGAUUAUCAAGAAGUUCGAGAGUGCCUCGAUGAGAGCAGAGUCCAUGGAUGCGAGAAGAAUGAAAGAAGAUUUACGCACAAGCAGAAUAGAAUCACAAUCACUUAAAGAGACAGAGAAAUAUUUACGAGAGGAACUCGAUUACGCGAAACAAAAGUUGGAAAGUACACAAAAAACGAAUUCCAAAUUACAAUCAGAGCUAAAGAAAAAGGUUGAUGAGAUCCGCGCGAUCGAGGAAGGUGACAUCAAGCGAUUGACGGAAGACAAACAAAAGUUGGAGGAGAGGCUGUACGCGAUGGAGCAGGGGCGCGUGGGAGAGCUCGAGGGCAUGAGAGGCGAGGUGCAGAACUUGACGUCCGAGUUACACCGCAGAGACACGUCUGUGGCGAAUGUAAGCGAGAAACUGCAACGUAUGGAGCGAGAGUUACGCGAAACGAAUACGCGGUACGACCGAUGUGCAGCGGAGUUACAGGUAACGAACGCUCAGCUGGAAGCAUUACGAUUGGAGAAUAGACAUCUGCGCGACGCAGCCGCCUCAGACCAGUUGAAUAUUUCGGAUGUCUAUAAAGGGAAUAUGGAUCUCAUUGCGCAAAUGGAGGGGGAGAACAGAGACCUGCGCAUGGAAGUAGCGUCCCUAAGAGAGCAGCUCACGGCCCUUGAGGUGUCUCAACAGGAGAAGAUUAGAGACGCCAUCAGGAAAAGCCAGAACGUGCUGGACGGCAUCAAGGAGAAUGAGUUUAAGAGACAUAGCGAGAUGAAGACGGACGCUGACCGGAAGAUAGCAGCCCUGGAGAGCAGGCUCGAGGCCACUAUCCGGAAGUACGAGACACAGAUGCAUUACCUACAAAACGAAAACGAGAGCUUGAAGAACAUCCAGCGAGCAUCGCUCAACACAGGUGUCAAGUAUAGCGGUCUCCCCGAGGGUACCAAGGUGCUGCCCGAGUACACACCUCGCCGUCCCGUCAACACGAGCCGCACAAGCGCCAGCGACUACACGGACACCGAGGCACUAACUUACGCUGACCUUACAGCACCGCAGGCUCACUCUGAUGGCGAGAAGCCGAUGGGCACACCCCAGUUCGGUUCACGCCGCACCUCGCUCACGGCCGAUUUCAUGGCAGAGGAGGGACGAAGAGAACGGGAACUGGAGCGGAUACUCGAUGACCGCAUAGCAGACCUUCGGGCCAGCACAGAUUACAUCAUCAGCAAGUACACGUGACACGAACACGUGCUGCGCAAGGCUCACGCCCAAUCACACGUGAUCUGCAUACGACACGUACAUAUACGCAUGCGCAUUAGCUGGAUCACCAACAACACGCAUUCCCAAUUGUUGAGAUUACGUCACGAGUAGACCAACGUGACAGAUUGCUUCAGCACCAUGCAGAUCAUUUUAUCAUUGCAGAUUACGUCAUUAUCACGCACACGUGACAAGCGGGUAAUGACGUCAUCGUUUACUUCACGUAUGCGCACUUCUCUUGAUGCCAGAUGCACAGGCAACCCAUACACUUCCAGCAUCUGAUAAAAAUUCUCUUCACGGUUAUAUCCAGCUUUUCAUAUAUUGGCAAUAAGAGAUCUAUGUUAUUUGUCAAUGAUUUAGUGGGGAGAAAUUUCCAGUUGAUCAUUUUUGUGAGUAGAUGGGUUAGUCGAGCGGACGAGAGAAGCGUAUCGUGCAAUGGCGAAUAACAUUUUAAUGUCGCUUUUAAAAAGCUGUGUUAUACGCUCUUAUAUUUAUAAUCUUUUAGUAUAUUUACCAAAUAGCCAUGUUACACCGAUCUUUUGCUAUUUCGUGAGUGUAUUACAGCUAGUUAAAUCGCUCUACAGCUAAAUUGUCUGAUGGACCAAUAGCCUGUAUUGUUCUGCAGUAUUCAGUGCUAAAUAGAGUUGAACUGCAAUAACAGACAUCUGUGUAUCAGCGCUAGACCGCACUCAUAUAUAAACAUCGUCUAUCGCUUAUUGACUGCACGGGGCACUUUUUUCAGCAACUUGCAAUGCAAUGCAAUGAUAAAGAAAUUUUUGAGUUGCAUAACCAUGAUACAAGUUCUACUUUUCUUGCAACGCAAACAAAAAUGGCAUUGCAAGUUGCAAAAAGCGGAUGUUAGGCUCGUAAACCUCCAAGGCAACAAAAAUGUCAUUGCAAGUUGCAAAAAGCGGAUGUUAGGCGCGUAAACCUCCAAUGCAACAAAAAUGUCAUUGCAAUGCAAGUUGCAAAAAGCGGAUGUUAGGCGCGUAAACCUCCAAUGCAAAAAAAUGUCAUUGCAAGUUGCAUGUAAAUUGCCCCGUGUGACAUGGCCUUAAGUCCUAGCUUUCUUAGCGCUUGAGGUGGAUGCUUCAACGUGACACAAGAACAAUGGCGUACCGUCAGGGGGAGGGAAAGUAGAAGAUCUGUAGUUGUGGGAGACUUCACAACUUUUAACGUAAGAAUCCAUUUUUAGGGUUUUAAUCUUUUUUCAAAAUUUUCGCCUUAUGUAAUUCACCCUCUAAUGUAUAGUUUGUAAAUGUUUUAAUCUACUUCAAGUGGAUAAAGUAUUGAAUAAAUUUGUAGAAUUCUAA